AUGGCGACGUUCACGACGUUGCAGCGAGAGUACCGCCGAACGGACGGCACCGUCGUCUCCCUUCCUCCGGGGACGAUAAAACUGCUGGAGAAAAAGAAGUCUGACGUUCACGUUUUUUUAAACAAAGACCGAACGAAGACGAAACUCGUGAAGUUGUUCCUGCUUGUAAUGCUCGCGUGGAUGGUGUUCGCGAUGCAAUCGCAUCCGGAUGUAAAGAAGACGAGAGGAGUUAUAUCCGGACCGAAAGCGUUCUCACUGUUCGGUGGUAGGAAAGAUUUAAGGCACACGUCUUUAGAACAAAGAGAUAUGCUCAGAAAACAAAAGGCGGAGGAAAGAGAGCGGAGAGAUGUAGAGAGGUACGGCGCGACCAACCCGGCGUUGAGAGGCUCGAGCGAGUUAGAGAUGACCGGAAAGAGGAAAGACAAUCGAAUCGAUUGGAAGGAGAAAGUAAACGAGUUAGGGCGAGAGUACAAGGAAAAUAGAAGAAGAGCUGAACGAGAAAAUAGGUGGGACGGCAAAGCGCAGAAAUACGGGAUGUUGUCCUCGAGAGGAGGAGGUGGAGACGCUUCGUAG